UCAGACCACAAUCUUGUCUGAAACCUCUUCUUUCCUCCUACAAGAAGCAGUCACCCAACUUACAAGCCUACGGAGUUGAGGUGAAAGGUGAAAACUCUACAUUCAUCACUGAUCAAUAUGCCUCGACUUCCACUGCUCUUAGCCUGUUCUUGCCUGUCAUUAUUCUGUCCAUCAGGUUUCGCCUCUCAGUCAUCCAUAAAUAAUCCUAACAAUGACGUAGAUGCUUAUUCUGACGCAAACAAAUUCGAAAACUUCAACAAGAACGAGAGCCCUGAUCCUGAAAACCGUCCAUCGACCACACGAACGAAGUAUCUCAAUAUGGCUAUCGAUGCAGCCAUGAAUCGAGCCCUUGAAACACUGAAUCACAUAAAACUGCUGGACUUGAAAUCCCAGAAUGUGCGUGAGAAGGCGGCCCUUUUUGACUGCUGGAAGUUCUAUGAGUUCACAAUCAACCAACUGAACCUAACCUUGAAUCCCAGCCUAAAAUCUACUUCUCUCGACAUUCAGACGUGGCUCAGUGCUGCCCUAACAAACCUCGGAAACUGUAAAACCAGCAUCACUGAGCUAAAUGUUACAAACUCUGUUGUUCUGGAGUUCCUUUCUGAUGAUGUUUCUGAGUUGAUCAGUAACAGUCUAGCCAUCAAUGCUGAAAUCAUGGAGAAAAACGUUAAUCAGAAGAGCUUGCCCAGUUGGCUUCCACAGGGAAAUUCAAAACUUUUUGAGCUCUCAGAAAAUACAGCUAAACUGGUGGUGGCCCAAGAUGGAUCCGGAAAUUUUCGCACCAUAAAGCAGGCCCUAGAUGCCGCUUCCAAGAGAAGAAAUAGUGCAAGAAUCGUAAUCCAAAUUAAGCAGGGAAAAUACCAAGAGUAUCUGGAAAUUAAUUCGAAUAUGAAGAACAUCAUGCUGGUGGGCGACGGUAUGGGAAAAACCAUUAUCACUGGUAACAAAAGCUUUGCAUCAGGAUAUACCACAUUCGAGUCUUCAACUGUGAAGGUCAUGGGGGAUGGAUUUGUAGCACGUGACAUCACGUUUAGCAACACGGCAGGUGCAGAGAGCAGCCAAGCCGUGGCACUGUUCUCGAGUUCGGACUUCUCAGCCUUCUAUCGAUGCGCUUUCGAGGGAUACCAGGAUACACUCUGGGCUAGUUCAAAUAGGCAGUUCUUUCAAGAAUGUCAUAUCUAUGGCACCAUAGACUUCAUAUUUGGAAAUGCAGCAGUAGUCAUUCAAAACAGCUUCAUCUAUGCAAGGAAACCAAAACACGGGCAGUCAGUAGUUAUUACUGCCCAAGGUCGUACAGACCCGAAUCAGAAAACUGGAAUCUCAAUCAUAAACUGCAAAGUUGAGGCAGGGCCCGACCUCAGGCCGGUGCUUAGCCAGUAUAAAGCUUACCUAGGAAGGCCAUGGAUGAAAUACUCGCGCACAAUUUAUUUAAAAAGUUUUCUUGGUAGCUUGAUCAAUCCAUUGGGGUGGAUGGACUGGAACACCGAUUACUCUAGAGAGAACAAUGUAUAUUAUGGGGAGUAUGGAAAUUACGGGCCGGGCUCCUCGACAAAGGGGCGAGUAAAAUGGCCUGGUUAUAAGGUAAUAACCAGUGCUACUGAAGCAAAGAAAUUCAGUGUUGCAAAAUUCAUUGAUGGUAAGGCAUGGCUGCCAGAGACUGGUGUACCUUUUUCCGCUGGAUUAUGGGUUUAG